GGCAGCCUCCCUGAGCGUGUCCCCUCGCUGGAUGGAGCCCGGGGCUGCCGGGGAUGCGGUGCCCGCCGCGGGGGCUGGCGGAGCGGCUUGAGCCCCCCUCCCGGCGGAGGCGAGCAUGUCCAGUGAGCGCCUUAACAAGACAGCGGUGAAGGAUGCGCGGUUAAAAGACCUGUUGUUGGAAAGAGCUGAACUGGAGUUUGUUCAAAUCAUCAUUAUAAUCGUGGUGAUAACUGUUAUGGUGGUAGUGAUUAUCUGCUUGUUGAACCAUUACAAACUCUCCACACGCUCCUUUAUCAACCGACAAAGCCAAAGCAGACGGCAGGAAGAAACUCUGCAGACGGAGGGGUGCUUGUGGCCUUCAGAAAGCUCAGUUUCACGCCAGGGUGCUUCAGAGAUCAUGUACGCCCCAAGGUCCAGGGACAGGUUUACCACCCCAUCUUUUAUGCAGCGGGACCGUUUCAGUCGCUUCCAGCCCACUUACCCUUACAUGCAGCAUGAGAUUGACCUUCCUCCGACCAUCUCACUCUCCGACGGCGAAGAGCCGCCACCGUACCAGGGCCCGUGCACCCUGCAGCUCCGGGACCCUGAGCAGCAGAUGGAGCUCAACCGGGAAUCCGUCAGGGCGCCGCCCAACCGAACCAUUUUUGAUAGCGACUUGAUAGACAUCUCCAUGUACAAUGGGGGUCCCUGCCCACCCAGCAGCAAUUCGGGCAUAAGUGCAACCAACUAUAGCAGUAAUGGAAGGAUGGAAGGACCACCCCCGACGUACAGCGAGGUCAUGGGGCAUUACCCAGGCUCCUCUUUUUUCCAUCACCAGCACAGCAACGUGCCUCCUUCCUCGCAGAGGGGGAGCAGACUUCAGUUUCAGCAGAACAAUUCAGAGAGCACAAUAGUCCCCAGCAAAGGCCAGGACCGGAAACCAGGAAACCUGGUCUAAGUUACUGGCCCAGGUGCGUUUGGACUGAAGAUGGGAGAUCCCAGCAGGGCGGUGGAGGAAGACCCCCGUGCUCCGGUGCACAGUGUUGUUACGUUUCACGUGGUACAACUGAGUAAAACCAAACGUGCAAACCAGUUCUUUGUUUCUGAUUCCUUUCAGGGGAAUUGCAUGCAAAGCAGAUUGAAAGAAAUAACAAACUUCCAUUCAGUUUGUCUACAAGCAGUGUUUUAGGGGAGGGGGGGAUAUAUUAUUUUUUUUUAAUAAACUAUUUCAAUUAUUUAAUUUUAAAAGUUAACUUAGCACAGAAAUGAGGCUUUUACAGCCUGUUUUAUACUCACUGAAUGGCAGAAGGAAGGAAAGGAAGAAGGUGGUUUUGCUAGAUAAAUGGGGGAAGAAUUGGCCAGUUUGAUUUUUUUUUUUUUUUUGUUUGUCUCCCAGGGUGUGAAUUUUUUUAAUAUGAAACAAAAUUCCUGUUCUGUGUGCCAAGGUAUAAAGUUGAGAACUUAGAUGAAUGCAAGGAAUUAAUUUGUGUUGUGAUAAAUGUGUUUUAAAAAGUUGCACUAUCUUACUGUUUUAAAAAAAAUAUAUAUGAGGGAACUGUUUUAUGUGGAGUUCUUCUAUAUGUUGUUGUUUCACCUGUGGAAUAAUGAUAGAGCCCUAGAAGUAAUCUGGAAGAGUUUGCCCCCUCCCCCUGGGUUUGCUAGAAGGUGGGGACAGGACUUAGCCUAACAUCUCUUGAGUUUUACGGUUCAAAACAUACAGGGACAUUUGUCUUUGCAAUAAUUUGCAUUCAAGUAACAGUGUGUCAGUGAAGUGUCUUGGAGACUUUUGGAUGGAAGAAGGCAAAUAUGAAAUCCCAGCAUUUUCCAUCACCUGAGGUUUAGCUAUUUUGCAGUGUAGACUAUUUCUUUCAUAAAUGGCAAGGCUAAAAUUCCCAGAUGCAUUGAUUUGUAUUGAUUCUAAGUGCUGCCAUUCUUUUCAUAUUGCAGUAUCACCAGUACUUACUGUUGUAGAGAUUUU